AGAGUAUAAUGACUUGGAUGAUGCCCUUUUGGAUGUCUUUAAAUUUGAAAUUAAGGAAGAAUCUAAUAGGCUUGAUACAUAUGAUUCGUUAGACUUGAAGGAGUGUCCUAUAAAUACUGAAAUAGAACAACAUGGAAGUAAACUCUACCCAUUUGAAGAAGACAAAAAAACUGAAAAAGGUUAUCUCCAAAAUGAAAACAAAAUGGAAAUUACGGAGAAACUCGUUGAAGAUUUGUCUUACCAAGGAAAUGAUGUGACUCGACAUACUCAAGGGAAAACAUCAAACAAAAAUAUGAAAGUUAUGGCUGGCGAUAGGUCUUAUAAAUGUGAAAUUUGUUUUAAGCAAUUUAAUCGAGCAGGUUAUUUGGAAAAACAUUUGAGAGUGCACACUGGGGAAAAACCUCACAAGUGUGAAAUUUGUUGUAAGCAAUUUAGUCAAGCAGGUAAUGUGAAAGAACAUUUGAAAGUACACACUGGGGAAAAACCUCACAAGUGUGAAAUUUGUUUUAAGCAAUUUAAUAGCGCAGGUAAUUUCAAACAGCAUUUAAGAACGCACACUGGAGAAAAACCUCACAAGUGCGAGAUUUGCUUUAAGCAGUUUGCUUAUAAAUAUCAAUUAACGGUUCACAUGGCAGUUCACACAGGAGAACUACCCCACAAGUGUAAGAUUUGUUUUAAGACGUUUUGUAAUAAAGAUAUUUUGAAAGGGCAUUUAAGAGUGCACACUGGGGAAAAACCUCACAAGUGUGAAAUUUGUUGUAAGCAAUUUAGUCAAGCAGGUAAUUUGAAAGAACAUUUGAGAGUGCACACUGGGGAAAAACCUCACAAGUGUGAUAUUUGUUUUAAGCAGUUUUGUAAAACAGAUAUUUUGAAAAGGCAUUUAAGAGUACACACUGGAGAAAAACCAUACAAGUGUGAAAUUUGUUUUAAGCAAUUUAGUCAAGCAGGUACUUUAAAAGAGCAUUUAAGACUACACACUGGAGAAAAACCUCACAAGUGUGAAAUUUGUUUUAAGCAAUUUUAUAGAGCAGGUACUUUAAAAGAGCAUUUAAGAACACACACUGGAGAAAAAUCUCACAAGUGUGACAUUUGUUUUAAGCAGUUUUUUACGGCAAGUAAUUUCAAAGUGCAUUUGAGAAUACACACUGGAGAAAAACCAUACAAGUGUGAAACUUGCUUAAAACGGUUUCUUACUACAAGUUAUUUGAAACAACAUUUGAGAAAGCACACUAGAGAAAAACCUCAUACAUGUAAAACAGGUCAGUAACGAAAAAUGUUUUUGAUAGAAUGUGGCACGAGGGUCUUCUCUUCAAAAUAAAAACUCAGGUAACUUACCAAAUCUAUCUCCUCCUUAACGCCCGGUUUCAUAAUCAGUUAAAGUGGACUUUAAGUUUUAAGUUGGUACCCUUGUCAGUGCAAUUCAUAUGGGUAAAUGUCAACGUUAAAGUGAACUUUAGUUAAUGUUCACAUUAAGUUGAUUAUGAAACCGGGCGUAAAUCAUAUUUGUCUGACAGACACUUCCAAGUUAACUACAAAUUUAUCUCCUUCUUAAAUCGUGGAACGGUGUAGAGCCAAGAGAAGGUUAUUGAAAUACCACCUACUAUUUUACCGAAUUUUGGAUGUAGUAGUGGAAAUUAAAUAACAGUUUCCAAUAUAAAGUGAUUAUAAAAGUGCAUACUGACGAUACAAGUGAAAAAAUAAACAAAAAUUACUAAUUAAGUGUGAAUUAAGAGUGUAUAAACAAUCAAACACAAAAAACUGGCAUAGGAAAGUGAACGGGUUUCAACAGCCAGCUGGCAGACGGGUCACGCUCCACGUCACGGCGACGUUGCCAGACUGUAGUAAAAGUCGCGGAAAAAGGGAAAACUCUAAAAAUUAAAAUACUUAGCGAAGAAAAAUAAAAUAAACUACUUAUUUUGAGAACUCAAAGAGGAACCUAGCUUCUGAAGAGUCGAUCUGGGCGAAGUUCCUAUCGUUGAGAUACCAACUAAGAUACCGUGAAAUAAACAAGAACAUGGCGGAAGGUGAUAAUAAAAUAAUACAAAGCGAAACAAACAAGAACAUGGAGGACAGCGACGACUGUUCGGACGACAGCAAAAGGAAAAGAGAUCCGGAUGAUGCGACUCAAAGAUCAAAAAAUAGAAAACUCUCACAAAUACCAUCUAAAACAAAUAGUAAAGAACAAAAACUAGAUCUAUUAAUAGAGAUGGUGUCGGAGCUCAAAAAGCAGAGUGACAAAACCAGUGAAGAUAUAAAAAUGAUAAGAGAAGAAAAUAAGAUAUUGAGACAAGAAAAUCAAAAACUAAAAGAAGAAAAUAAAGAUAUAAAAGAGAAGCUAGAGGAAACAAAUGAUAGAAUUGAAUGGCUAGAGAAAGAGAGAAAAGGAAAAAUAAUAUAGUGAUGUCAGGAAUUGAAAUUGAGACAGAAAAUAAAACAGAACUUAAACAAUUCGUGGAGAACAUAAUAAAAAACACUCUACAGAUAAAUAUUAAUGUAAAAACAGCUCAUAAAAUAGGAAGAAAAGUAUGCUUAAUUGAAAUAAAUAAUGAAGACGAAAAAGAACAAAUCAUGAAAAACAAAUACAAAUUAAAAGAACUGCAGCAGGAAAAGGUAUACAUAAAUCAUGACAUGACAACAAAGGAGCGUGAGAAGAACAAGCAAAUAAGAAAAA